ACGCCCGAGCGGUGCCAAGGUCUGGGCGUGCUCCGCCGCCUGCGGCCUCCUGGCCCCCCUCCGCGCCCGCUCCCCCAAGUCGAGGACACCUCACCGUCGAAGGUCUGGGCCUUUCUCUCUGCAGAGGAGGCGUCCAGCCGCCGCCCGGUCCGCGGGGGGGCACCACAGAAGAAAAUGGCACGGCGCGGCGGCUGCUGCCGGCCCGCCAACCUCUGGGAAAAGCGCGGGCAGCCGGCCGCGCUCGGAGCUUUACACACGAAGAGGAGGAGGAGGAGGAGGAGGAGGAGGAGGAGGAGGAUGAUGAAAAGAAGGAGGAGGAGGAAGAUCACCAGACGAUACACCAAGUGCGGCAGAAGGCACCUGCCGCAAAUCUCCACGUUUCCAACAGCACGGUGCGCAUAUGUUACAAGAAACCGAGCAAACUAGAAUGCAAUGAACAAAUCCGCCAAGCAGGGCCGACGUAAAGCUGCCAGGGCCUGGACGCGCGAGCAGGGCACCGAGCUAGCGGGCCCGAAACUGCACGGGCACGCGCGCCGUCACGGCCAACGCGCUCCUCUCUGAGAGGCGGCGGGCUCCAGAGAGCAGAGGCUGUCCGAGGGCAUGGGUCAGGCCAGGGCGUGCCAGGUGUCCACCGAAUCUUCGCAUGAAGCGAACGGGUCCUGAGCUGAGGAAAGGCAAGCAUAGAUCAGCGACGUGUGGAUCAGCGACGGGUCACGCGUCCGUGCAAGAUCGGCGCGUCCCGUCGCCAAAUCGGGCGGCACUGGCCUCACACUUCGGGGAGUACCUUCCCCGAUCCGUGGAUCUGGCGCAAACGUGCCAGAUCCACGGAUCCCUAAUCCGUGUGGACGAGCA